AUGUUGUUAUUUGUUUUGGUUUUCUUGGUUUCGUUUUUGUUUCCCUCAUCGACAUUCGCCAUAUAUUUUCAUAUAAAAGAGGGCACAUCCAAGUGCUUCAUCGAGGAGGUACCGGAAGACACCCCUAUUGCUGGUACUUAUUCAAUAGCUGUAUUACAAGAUGAGAAAUUUGUGCGCUCACCCAAACAUGGUGUUCAUGUGGAAAUAAAGGAUCCCGAGGGAAAUGUCGUUCUCUCUCGUAUGUAUUCACAAGAGGGUCGGUUUAUUAUCACCUCUCAAACGGCAGGAGAGUACAGCAUUUGUCUAUCAUCAAGCAGCUCUGACUGGACUAAGAGCCUCCUGCGUGUUACCCUCGACAUUGCUGUUGGUGACCAUGCCCUAAAUUUCAAGGAGAUAGCAUCGAAGGAGGAGCUUAAUGAAAUCGAGCUUCAUAUUCGUCAGUUGCUUGAACAAGUUGCGACUCUUGCGAAAGACCAGGAUUUCCAGCGGGCCAGAGAAGAGUACUUCCGACGCCUCAGUGAAAGUAUUAACAACCGCGUAACGUGGUGGAGCGUCGCACAAGUCCUCCUCCUCUUUCUUACUGGUUUCUUCCAAAUGCGGAACCUGCGCUCCUUUUUUCUGGCCAAAAAGCUGGUGUGA